GGUGGGACAGCAGUUGACAGUUGACAGUUGACACCGAGGGUGCCGGAUACGGCCCUGGUGGUGAUGCUUUCAGCAGUGUAGUCUAUGGUUGACACACAAAGGACUCAGAAGAGGACCAGGAAAGACCAUCACAGAGGGACUUUUUGAGCAGUUUUAUGACCCAGAUCAGGGACUUCGUGUUGGUCCAGACCCCCCCUCGGUGGUGGAUUCUCUCUGCCGUUUUCACGGUGCUUGUGUGGACGCUUGUUGAAGGUCAGCCUCGCGUGAUCAGUCCUCAGACAGUGAACGCCGCCCUGGGUGCGGACGUCGUCCUGCAGUGUCAUGUGGUGCCGGAAUACGACGUACAGAAUUACACCAUCGAGUGGUCCAGACCGAACCGGAAGAAGGAUCCGUCAGAUCCCCAGAGUGGGUACCACUUCGUCCUCCUGUACAGGUACAGGCAGGACGUUACCGACGUGAAGAUAAAGUCCUUCUUCAACAGGACGAGUCUCUUCAUGGACUCCCUGAAACACGGGAACGCUUCCCUGCAGAUCAGGGAGGUCACCAUGGAAGAUCAGGGGACUUACAGAUGCUACAUCCCGCUGUUGAAGAGCCCAGUGAGGCAGACCCUCAUCCAGCUGGUAGUCGAUCCAGACUUUGGGAGGACAACAGAGAUGAUGGAUGCUGCAGAAAACACCGUCACUCCAGACAAUCUAGACGAUUGGGCCAUUUCAAGAAGUGAUCGCUCCCGUCUUGGUUUCUGGCUCUCUUUUUUGGUCUUCAUCGCAGUAUUUCUGGCUGCUGGUGGAGGCAUAUAUUUAUAUAACCACAAGUGCCAGGGACAAAAUGGUUUCAAGAAUGCUGAGCUCAUAUCGGCGUAGUUGCGUUGCUCAAACACAUGCUUGCAGUUGAUGAAGUUGAUGAAGUUGAUGAAGUUGAGAGCCCACCUUUUGGAAAUUCAUCUUCAGUUCAGAGUCAAAACCAGCAGCUACAGAAAGGCCUGUCUGGAUCAUCAGAGAGAACUCUAUCUGAUGGAAAGAGAAACUCACCUAAAGACCUUUGAUGUGGCUGAAUCAAACCCUGGAGGAAUCUGGAGACCGGGUGUUUGGAAAGCGACAGAUUCUCUUCUCUGAACAAGUUUGUUUUGGACUUUAAAAAAAAAAAGAACUGUGCCAGACCUUUAAAUCCCCCCUGGAGGCUCUCAGCACUUCAUCAGCAGCAGGAUUGCUUUGUAUCACAGAAGACCUAUUUAUUCAUUCAUCUCUCUAUGAAGAGAAGAAUCCAAGCUUCAUGGCAGCAUUACUUUAUAUUUAUUUUAAUGUCACACCUCAUCAGAGUCCUCAACAAGAAAGGAUCACAACCUCACCUGACCUCAGACUGACACAUGACGGAUGUUUCCUAGUUUGGAUCCAACUUUUUUUUUUAUUGGUGGGCUGUAAUCCCACCUCUAUUUGAGUUAAAUUGACAUUCCUAUAUCCAGAAAGCUCAUUAUUCAAAUAUUAGCGGCCUCUGGAAACUGCAUAUCUGGUUUGGAUGGACGUACCUUGGAAGCUGGACAUCUAAGCUAGUCCUCUUAAUGAGAGAACAUUUUAAAUACCAACCAACCAAAAGAUGCUCAAACCCCUUAGUUAUUUAAAGCAAUCGGCAGCAGUUGAAUGUAACUUGAUGUGAUUUCCUCUCAUGGAGAAAGACCUUUUCUGCUUAGAUAAGAGAUACUAACCACGUAUAUUAAACCAAAGAUGUCUCUAACUUUCUUGUACUGACUCACAUGAAAAAAAAAGUUCCUAAGGAGUUUUUCUACCAUUCACUGGUUUUAUAAUUUAAAAGCUUUUCUAAUUUCCUAAGUUGAUUUUCUACUGAAAUAUGGAACCAUGACAAUGUUCCAAGACAAAAGUAAAUGACUUCUUAUUUUGUUACUUCUGUUAUUUAUGACUGAUAUUAUUUUCUAAACCUGCUGAAUUUAAAAUGUUCAGAAAUGUGUUCAGACACAAAUGUUGAAUAUGAUGAAUGUCAAAAGCUAUGUCUGAAAAGUGUCGAAUCAAAGAAGAACUUUAGUUGUAGUUCGUAGAUGUAAAGCUAGCUUAACCAAGUGGCAAAGCUAGUGUUAGCCUGCUUGUGUAUUUUGUAUUGAUUCUGAUGUAAGUUUGUAGUUUUAGGGUUAGAUGAGUGUUAGCUUAGCUUAAUCAGAGAGUUACAGACAGAAAGAACACUACCUUAAGUUAUAAAAGAUGCCUGUUUUUUGCAUCUUAAACUAUAAUUUUGAAGCGAUGUUAGCUAAAAUCACUUCUUGUUUACGUUCCAACCUCGAUGAUUACUCAAUAAGUCAGUUGUAAGUUUUUUUGUUUCAGACAUUUAUCAGCUGUUUGUUGUUGUUUCAACACUUCAAUGUAAGAUUUGAAGACUACUUGACCACGUCACGUUAAGAAAUGUGACAUGCAUCUGACCUUCGACCUUUGAUGUACUUUAUAUGAGAAUAGGCAGCUUAAGGGAUGCUAAAAACAAGAGCAGUCUUGCUUCGUCCGGUACAAAAGAUUUCAACAUCGUCUUCAACUGAACCUGAUUUUAUGUUCUAUACUGAAUCAAGCUGUUCACUGAGAAUUUACCACACUGAGUCCUUCAGUUUGGAUCUCAAAGAGGGGGGUAGUGUUCUACCUCUCUAGCAGCUUUACAUUAUUUACAGCAAAAAAAAAAAAUCUUAACUUAUCUCAGGCUGUUGUGUUUUGAAAAUACAACUCAUUCCACCCUCUGUCAGAAACACUUCAUUUCAGCUACUGUCUCUUUAAGACCACCCCCCCAGCAUUCUGGAAUUCCAAUUUCGCCCUUUAUAAGGAGAUUCACCAACAAGUGAUGUCACGAUUUGAGCACACCUCAUGCCGAUCUUGCUGAGAUUUCGUGUAAACAAAGUAGCCUGAUUACCUCUGAUUACUUUAUAUUUCUUUUUAAGAUAUGUGCCUAAUACAGUCUCUUUAAAUGUAUCCCUGAAAACCAAACGAGGUCAAGAUUCAGAGGGUUUGACUUAGUGUUUUUUUUUUUUACCAGUAUUCCAAGAAGAAGAAGGGAUGUAAAAGAGAAGAGUUUAGACUGAGAGUGCUGACAGUAAAUCUGUGAUAUAGCGAUGAGAGUCAGGAGAGAGAGAUGACUGAAAGGACGUAUAGUGAGAGGGACACAUUUUGAAAACUGCAUAUAAGCAUUGGAUGUCGGCCAGCUAUGACUCCAGUUUGCUUUGACUUUAUACUAAGAAAGCGAUCAGUUACCUUCUACUGUACACGUGUUUGAGCAGAGCACUAUAUCUCUACUAAGCUGUAUUUACACAUUUACACUGUUGGAUUGUUUUAUGUUUUCAAAUUUGUUAAACCUCUGGCACUAUGACUUUGUUCAAUCUUCUGUGAUUAAACAGAUUUUCUAGA